GUGUGAAUGUGAAUGAAUAUAUCGCAAAAAUGUUCGGGAUGAAAGAUUUAAAAAAUUUGCUCCGAGUUCAUCACAGAACUGAUGGGUGAAAGGAAAUGUAACGAACCUGAGAUGUUCUGUACAUCAGCAAGAUCCAUCAUAACUUCACGAUUGCAAAAAAGGAUAUUCGCAAUAUCUUUUUUCAUUCAAAAUAUCACGGUAAGAAGGGAGUGUCCCCCACUCGUAUUCCUCAUACCUGAAGCUUACACAACAGCUAUAUCGCGUCACCGAUUUUCAGUAGUUCCUCGGUCGGCUUAUCUUCUUGCACGUAGCUAACAAGCGAUACUAAGUGUUACUUCGAUAUAUUUUCACUAUCAUUAGAUUUUUUCGUUAAUGCAGUUUAAGUAUCUAUCGUAAAAUGCCCACGCGCAGCUAUCUAAGCUGAUUAAUCAAUAUAAUCAAUAAUGAAAUCAAUAACGAAACUUUUAUCAGAUUGCGAAAAAAAAACAACUUAUCAAGAAACAAUUAAUUUAAAAUCACUUGAAACGAUGAAUUGUAUAAUGCAUCAAUUCUGUGAAAAUCUCUCGUUACACGAAGACUUCGCGAGUGAUGCACAUAAAUUAUGUUACCGAUAGCUAAAUUGUGAUUGAAGUCUUGCAAGCUGUUAUCAAUGUUAUCUACUUGUGCGAUUUCAAUAAGAUUACAAGGUGUCUAUAUGGGAGAAUUGUUAUUCCUUUCGUACGCCGAAGAAGUACAUUCUUUCGUUUUACGAUCAGUAUUGUGAAAAGAACGACGGAAACAAGCCACGUUUCAGUCGUGAAGUGAAAAACAGUGAACCAUGUCUGGAGCAGUGAACCAUUCGUUUGAAGAUAAUCAGUUAGACGUAUUAGAAAGUGGUCGCCGGAAAACUGAACCCAUCACAAAUCGUGAUGCCGCUUCUUAUUCAAGAAAGCCUUGGACGGCCAAAAGUGACGCGGUUAAUGCUUAUCUUUCAAAACACCGAAGAAUUUUCAAGACUUUUGCCUUAGUGAUCUUAAAUCUUCUUAUUGUAGCCUAUGUAGUCUACGCGGGUAUAUAUUGGAAAAGUAAAUUUUCAGAAAAUCACUGCGAUCUCCAAUGGUGCGAUGGCUACGGUUUGCUACUUAUACUUGUAGGACUUACUUACAUUGGCCUAUUUUACUUUUUUAUCGUAAAGCGAUAUUUUGGAAAAUAUAUCAUACAAUACUGUUCGCCAAUAACGAAUUAUGUGGAAUGCUUGCAAAGUACCAAAUAUGGGAUGAAUAUCGUAAGGACGAUCUUUUACGUCACUGCAUUAAUAGCUAUCGUUACUUUCCUCAUUCUUGAUACCGCGGAAUCAAGAUACAGAUUAGUUAGCAUCAUCGGCAUUGUCACUAUUAUAGGAUUGGGAUGGAUAUUCUCCAAACACCCUGCACAGAUCAAUUGGACGACUGUUGUUUGGGGCCUUAUUUUACAAUUUGUACUUGGACUCAUUACGCUUCGAUGGCCGGUCGGUCGCAGUAUUUUUGAAUGCAUAUCCAACAAAGUGGCUACUUUCUUACAUUUCGCUAAAGCCGGCGCCAAUUUCGUAUUCUCAGAAUACCUAGUAGACAAGGGAGUUUUCGCAUUUUCAGUGCUGCCCGUUAUCUUUUUCUUCAGCUUCGUAGUGCAAAUCUUGUGCUACAUCGGCGCAUUGCAAUGGAUUAUCAUGAAAUUAGGAUGGAUCUUGCAAAGCAUAAUGAACACGACGCUGUGUGAAUCAAUAAUCGCCGUCGCUAAUCCUUUCAUCGGAAUGUCGGAAACUCCUCUUCUAAUCCAACCAUAUAUUAAUCAAUUAACUUCCUCGGAGUUGCACGCUAUAUUGAGCUCAGGAUUUUCUACAGUCUCUGGUACGGUAUUGGCCGCUUACAUAUCCUUUGGUGCAAAUCCGGGUCAUUUAAUUACCGCGUCCGUGAUGUCGGCACCGACGGCCUUGUGCUUUUCCAAACUCUUUUACCCGGAAACUGAAAAAAGUCUCACGAAAUCCGAAAAUAUCAAGCUUGAAAAAUCAAAAGACACCAGCAUUUUGGACGCCGCCACCAACGGUGCAUUGGCUGCACUCCCGAUCGUUUUGGGUAUAGUCGCUAAUAUUGUUGCUUUUGUAUCGUUCAUUGCAUUUUUUAAUGCAAUACUUUCUUGGUUCGGCGGCCUCGUUGGCUACGAGGCUCUCAGUCUCGAGAUUAUUUUCGCGAAAGUCUUCAUGCCAUUAAGUUGGGUCCUCGGCGUUCCUUGGGAGCAUUGCGAAGAAGUAGCGACAUUAAUAGGCUUGAAGACGAUGGUCAAUGAAUUAGUCGCUUAUCAGAAAAUGGGCGAGUUCAAGAAGCAGGGCAAAUUAUUCGGGAGGUCGGAAGCGAUAGCGACAUUCGCGGUUUGCGGUUUCGCGAAUCCGGCGUCGAUCGGUAUACAGAUCGGUGUCUUCGCCUCUUUGGCGCCAGAAAAGAAGGAGCAAGUGACCAGAGUCAUUAUACGAUCCUUUAUUGCUGGCAGCGCCGCUACUUUUCUCACAGCCAGCAUCGCCGGUAUGCUAAUCGACGACAUUUCGUCUUCUCCAAAUGUUAUUACACCAAUAUCGAACAUCACUGCAGCGACAACGUUAAGUAGUCAAUUAACUUGACUUCAAAAAUUGCAUUUUUAUAGUUACUAUAAUAUUACACAAGUAUUUGUAAUAAGACUUGAAUGUUGAUCUUUUUUCUUUUAAAAAUUCCUCUCUCCCUCUUAUUAAAUAAUUGUAAAUAGGUGAGUAAUGAUAUCGAAAAAGAAGAAACAAAUUAAUCUUAUGUUUUUUUUAUCAGUAAUAAGUAUUUAUAUAAUACUGUUAUAGAAAUGGCUGAUAGCUUAUAAAUAAUAUUUGUAGUAUCACUGUUUUGGAAAUUUAUAGCAUUUUACAUAACAAAAUCAUUUUCGCUCGAACAAUACAAAAUGACAAGAUCACAUCAUACAUUAGUGAUACGCUUAUUGUACGCAAGUGCCACUAUAUUUGUACAUUGUUAGUACGCAUAAUAUAAUUGUAAAUAUUAACUAUAAAAUAUUACAUAUCCCAAAAAAAUAAAUGUGCUUAUUUAUUA